AUGCAGUCUCCCAUCGCCAACUUCGCCAACAUCGCCAACACGACAACCGAUUUAGAUAGCCUUUGCAGUAUAAGUAAGCUUAUCAGAAAUAUGGGCACAUAAUUCCUUUUGUUCAGUGGAUGGAAUGGGAUUGUUGACAUGCGAAGGGCUUUGCGAGGCAGUCUACAAGGCAUGUUGUGUGGAUUACAACUAUUGUGCGUUCUACAAGCAGACCUGGUUUCUCAUCACGUGCAUUGGAGGCGGCGUCCUGUUGCUCAUCGUCGGCAUCGUUGUGAUCUUCUUCUGCUUCUGCAAGAAGAAACGAGGAGUCUGA